ACAACUCUGCUAAUCCUGACCAGCGACUAAAGUCUAGACACACACACUACACAGACGCACAUUGAGAAACAGAGACACAUCAUUUGAACAGAGAGACAUAAAUUGUGUAGUGAGCACAACAAUCUUGUAAAAAUGACCUGGAAGUAUGCAGUAUUUUUGGGACUUGGAACGUUCCUGUGGUCUGCUCUGGGGAACCAGAAUGGAAAUGGUUGGACUGAGGGAACUAGUCAAACUGAGGGGCCUAUGGGACCUUGGGGACCUGGGGACACUAAAGGACCUAAAACUGAUGGGACUGAAGACACUGGAGGAGCUGAUGAAACAGAUGAAACUUGGGGAGCUGGAGAAACUGAAGGAAGUGGAGGAGCUGGACAAACUGGAGGAACUGAGGGAGCUGGGGAAGCUGGGGCAACUGGAGGAACUGAUGGAGCUGGGGAAGCUGGGGAAACUGGAGGAAAUAGUUGGACUGGCAGAUUGCUGGUGGUGCCGAUGGAUGGCAGCCACUGGAUUGGGAUGAAGGCCAUGGCAGAGGAGCUGGGCCGCAGGGGCCACACAGUGGUGGUAGUGAUGCCAGACAUCAGUAUACGGUUAGACUCUGGUAAACACUACAUAACCAAAACGUUCCCUGUACCUUAUGGACGAAAAGCACUCAAGGAGCUGCAGACCCGUAAUAUUGAGGUCAUGCAGAGCACAUCACUGCCCCUACUGGAGAGAAUCAGCACCCGAAUCAGCAACCUAAAAAAGUUUGCAACCUACCAGCAAGACACCUGUGAGGCGCUACUGUUCAACCAGGAGCUGAUGGACUUUCUGAGAGAGCAUAAAUUCGAUGCUGUGCUGACCAGUCCAGCUGUGCCAACUGGAGCCAUUCUGGCCUAUAAUCUGUCUCUGCCUGCAGUCUACAUGCUCCGGGGUUUACCCUGCGGAAUGGAUGCCACGGCCACGGCCUGCCCUGACCCUCCCUCCUACGUCCCGCGCUUCUUCACCAAGAACUCUGACCACAUGUGCUGGAGCGAGCGGGUGCUGAACGUGUUGGUGAGCGUGGUGGAGCCGGUGCUGUGUAAGGUGAUGUACUGGUCAUUUGAGGAUCUGGCAUCCCGCCUGAUGCACAGGUCCAUCAGCUUGGUGGAGAUCCUGAGCUCCGGAGCGUUGUGGCUGCUGAGGUACGACUUCACUUUGGAGUUCCCCAAACCGCUCAUGCCCAACAUGGUGCUGAUUGGUGGGCUGAACUGUGCCGUCGCGAGAGCCCUCAGCCCGGAGGUGGAGGAGUUCGUGGAAGGGUCUGGAGAACACGGCCUCGUGGUGUUUACGCUCGGCUCACUGGUGCCUUCGAUGCCGACAGAAAAAGCCUCCAUCUUCUUCCAGGCCUUCAGCCGGAUCCCUCAGAGAGUUUUGUGGAGAUACACGGGAGACAUUCCUGAUCAGGUUCCUGAUAACGUGAAGCUGAUGAAGUGGCUUCCUCAGAAUGACCUGCUGGGUCACCCUAAAACCCGAGCCUUCAUCACUCAUGGUGGAACUCAUGGCAUCUACGAGGGCAUCUGCCACGGCGUUCCCAUGGUGAUGGUGCCACUCUUUGGUGACCAGGGGGACAAUGCCCACCGGGUGGCAAGUCGAGGAGUGAGCGUGGUCCUAGAUGUACGUGAGAUCACGGCAGAGAUGCUGAUCGACGCCCUCAACACAGUCAUCAACAACACCAGUUAUAAAGAGAAGAUGGUGAAGCUCUCUGCUGUCCAUAAAGACCGGCCCAUAGAGCCUCUGGACCUGGCAGUCUAUUGGACAGAGUUUGUAAUGAGACACAAAGGGGCAGAGCAUCUGCGGCCUGCGGCUCACGACCUUAACUGGUUCCAGUAUCACAGCCUGGAUGUUAUAGGCUUCCUGCUGGUUGUCAUGGUGAUUUUAGUCGUAGUGCUGAUGAAAUGCUGCUUGUUGUGUUUCCGAAAAUGCAGCAGGAAAUCAGAGAAGAGGAAGAAUGACUGACCAAACACCUCAAUAAACCCUUACCCCCUAAUCCGUCCCCUCAGCCUUAAACUCUAAUCCUUCAACCCUAUCCCCUCGACCCUGAACCCCUAUCCCCCCAUCCUGAACCCUGUCCCCUUGACCCUAACCCCAUCCCCUCGACCCUGAACCCUAUCCCCUCGACCCUAACCCCUAAUCCCUCAACCCUAAAUUCCAAUCCCUGAACCCUGAACCCUAUCCCCUCAAUCCUGAACCGUAUCCCCUCGACCCUGAACCCUAUCCCCUCGACCCUAACCCCUAAUGCCUCAACCCUAAAUUCUAAUCCCUGAACCCUAUCCCCUCAAUCCUGAACCCUAUUCCCUCGACCCAAAAUUCUAAUCCCUGAACCCUGAACCCCUAUCCCCUCGACCCUGAACCCUGUCCCCUUGACCCUAACCCCUAAUCCCUCAACCCUAAAUUCUAAUCCCUGAACCCCUAUCCCCUCGACCCUGAACCCUGUCCCCUCGACCCUGAACCCUAUGCCCUCGACCCUAACCCCUAAUCCCUCAACCCUAAAUUCUAAUCCCUGAACCCUGAACCCCUAUCCCCUCAAUCCUGAACCCUGUCCCCUUGACCCUAACCCCUAUCCCCUAUCCCCUCAAUCCUGAACCCCUAUACCCUAUCCCCUCAAUCCUGAACCCCUACCCCCCCCAUCCUGAACCCUGUCCCCUCAACCUUAACCCCUAAUCCCUAUCCCCUUUAUCCUAACUCCUUUGUUUUUUAUGGCUGUUUUAUAUUUUAAUAAGAAUGAUUUUAAACUCCACAGCCAUCAUUUUCAUCAUUUACCUUGAAAUCUAAUGCUGCUAUAGCAACAGUUUAAUAACGUGAUGUUUUAUGAGCUUAAUGUUUAAUUCAUCCCAGAAAUACAGUGAAAACAGAACUUUUACACUUCAGUAAAUCAGAUUUAAACUGUUGAAUUUCUCACGUCAGUCCAGCGGAACUGCACGAUUAGCCUGGUUCUAAUUUACUGUGUUUUGUGAUUAUUCAGUGUAACGGUGUGAAUAUUAUUCAUUUCACAGAGAUUUAUGGGUAAAUGCAGCUACAAGUUCAUUUUUACUGUCUGAGUUGCUUUUAAUUAACAAAUUUUUGCUGUUUCCAUUGGUUCUGCUCAUCAAGCAAAUUUUUGACGUGGUGGAUCCUGGUGCGGAAAUUUAGGGCUACAAAUAUUUCCAUGUGUUUUUUAUUUUAACCUUGAAGAAAUGAUUGAGAAAUAACGCAUUCACAAUCUCACAAAUCAAUAAAGCUAACGACUCACAUUCCAUACGUCCUCAACCUGAACCACUUGACAGGCGCCGCCGAGAAAAGACUCCAUCUAAAGCUGUUUAACCUGCACUGUUUACAUUAAUAAAUACGUGAAUAAUAAACUGC